AUGAGUGAUACACCGUCUGAGAUAAGUUCAGAAAAUGUAAAUAAACCUUCAACGUUAUCAUCACCUCCUUCACCAAGUGUGGUAGCUGAUGUUAUUGUCGAUGCUAAUCAUAAAGAACAUUCUUCUCCAGCAUCCAGAAAAAAAAAAUUUAUAACAGAAGAACAACAUUCAAAAACGGAUAAACAAACAUCAAAAACGAGUAAUGAUGAUAAGAAUAAAAGACCGAAUUUUGAAGUUCGAGCGAUACCGGAAUCGAAUGCACCUCUCGGUGUAUCAGUAUCAAAAUUUAGCAGACAUAUUGUGACAUCUCAACAACGCCUAUUGAUCAAAGGUGGAAAAAUUGUCAACGAUGAUACUUCAUUUUUUGCCGAUGUUUUUAUCGAAGAAGGAAUUAUUCGACAAAUUGGAUCAAAUCUUAUUGUACCGGGUGGAACAAAAACAAUCGAUGCUACAGGAAAAUUGGUUAUGCCAGGUGGAAUUGAUACUCAUACGCAUUUUGAACUACCAUUUAUGGGAACAAAAGCAGUAGAUGACUUUCUCACUGGAACAAGAGCUGCAAUAGCUGGAGGAACAACAACAAUUCGUAAGUAA